AUGCUACUCGCCAUAUCCCGGGAUACGUACCCGGUUCCAUACAACUUGGAAGAGCCGGAGUACUAUUACGAGAUCAAAGUCGUCGAUCCGGAGGACCGCAAGCUUGCCAACAAGCGAGACUGGAUGAAUGAGCUCGAGCCGAUUGAGGAUUCUGACGGCGGAAUCAUGGAUCCGGCGGAUGAAAUUUGGGAGUACGCACACCGCUACAAGAUGUUCAAGCAAGCCGAGAAGUACGCCGAGGUGAUUCCGACGCUGGAAUGGGUCUACUGCGGCGAAUGGCCGAUGAAGUUCUUUGGUGGGCCGGUCUAUGAGGAUGGGGUUUGGGACGGGCAGACGACGCGUAAGGUUGCGUGGCCACAGGCUAAGGCGCGGGAUUCGUGCUGGUCGUAUUUACAGCACACGUUUGGCAUGGGCCAUAGAGAAGAUUGA